CCUGGUUUGUACGCUAAAAAAUUCUUGAAACCACACACUCUCCCAAAACCCCAAAGGCCCUUUUCUAUCCGUCACUUGCUUCCUCCAUUUCCACUUUCAUUUCAAUCAUUAUAAACACAGCAAAUGACCAUUCGAAUUAAUUAACAAAUGCUUUUAAUUCUCUGGUCUUUUCUUUAUCUUUGCUUCUCUUUUCCCUAGUAAAAAAGAGAAAAAGUUUGCCACUGUUUCCUUUCACUGCUACUUAUUCUCUUUCUUUCUCUCUCACUCUCUCUGUAAUAAGCUACAGAAAACGAUUCUUUACGGACCACAUCUCUAAACUCUCUUGCUUUGUUUCUUUCUUCUGUGCAUCAACAUCAUCAUCAUCAUCGUAUUCCUGGUUUGUUUGUCUUAAAAGCAAUCAUGGAGGAACUGUACGGUUUCCAUUCCUCGGCUACCACAGCUGUUUACUCCAUGGAUACUCAACCGGCCGCCGACAACAUGUUAAGUCCUCCUGGAAACUGCCCGGCUGGUUUUCCGUCUCAUGCGGCUGCUGCUGCUGCUUUUGCGGAGCACAUGUUUGGGUCAGGCCAGCUGUUGUCUGGUUCGUCUGGGAUAUCGGAUGCUGAUUCAAUGGGUGCUGAGAUUCAAAGAGGUGGCUGUGAAGAAGAGGUUUCUAGUGCAAUUAGGGCUAAGAUUGCCUCUCACCCUCUUUACCCUAAACUUCUCCAAGCCUAUAUUGAUUGCCAGAAGGUGGGAGCACCGCCGGAGAUAGCGAAAAUGUUAGAUGAAAUCAGUGGAGAAAGCGACGUUUGCAAGAGAACCGCCUUGGUUCCUACUUGCUUGGGUGCCGAUCCCGAGCUUGAUCACUUCAUGGAAACUUACUGCGAGUUGUUGCUCAAGUACAAAUCAGAUCUGUCAAAGCCAUUUGAUGAUGCUACCACGUUUCUCAACAAUAUUAAAACGCAGCUUUCUCAUCUCUGCAAUGAUGAAGCUGCUGGAUCAUCCGAAGAUGACUUCAGUGGAGGGGAGAUGGAAGCAGUGGAGGAUUACCAGAUUAACGAAGACCGUGAAUUGAAAGAGAAACUGUUACGGAAGUAUAGUGGUUAUAUUAGUACACUUAAGCAUGAAUUUUCGAAAAAGAAGAAGAAAGGAAAACUACCAAAAGAAGCAAGGCAAAUUUUGCUUGACUGGUGGAAUGUUCACUACAAAUGGCCAUAUCCCACGGAGGCAGACAAGGUUGGCCUUGCUGAGGCAACAGGACUAGACCAGAAACAGAUAAACAACUGGUUUAUAAAUCAAAGGAAACGCCACUGGAAACCAUCAGAGAACAUGCAAAUUGCUGUGAUGGAUAGUUUAUAUGGACCAUUUUUUAAUGAAUGACUUAAGGUGGGGUUGCCUCUUGUCUUGCUUUGUACAUUCUUGAACCUCAAACCUUGCUGAUGUCGAAUGAAAUGCUUA